ACAUUCGUGCUCUACACAAGAAAAGGAACUCAGUUAGAAAGAAUAAUAACAGUAGACAGAGAUAAAAUGUCUUUCUAGGGAUAAAAAGUGUUAAAAAUAAAAUAAAAUAAAAUAAAAUAGACAUGCAUAUUAUAAUGAUGAACUUAAAGAAAAAAAAACAGUUCAAAUGAUAAUAAAUUGUUUAUUAUAAUAUUUGAUUAAGAUUUAUUCUUAUUUUGGUUAACUUCUAGAAGAAAAUAAUUAUUGAAAUAAGAUAGUAAGAUACGUCGUUGUUAAUCGAAAAAUAUUGUUUAUGAUAACUAUCAAAAUUAAUCAUAUAAAAAAGAUUGAAUAAUAAAUUCUUAUUCUUAUGAUUUAUUCUCUUGAGAUUAUUGAAAUAAAAGAAUAAAUAAAAGCCAAGAUCAAUUACUUUCUUUUUCUUUUUAAUUAAAAAAUAAAUAGAAAACUUUUCAUAUGUUUUCAAUAAUUCUUAUAGAUAUGAGUUUAUUUUUUUUUUUUUUUUUUUUUUUUUUUUUUAAAUUUAAAAUUUAUUUAGAUUUUAAUGAAUCUCAUGAUGCUUUUGUGAAACAUAUUGAAGAUGAAUUAUCAAGAAUAAAAGGAAAACAACUUAUAUUAAUUAGUUUGGUUGAUGAUUGGGGAAAAGAAAAUAUUCUCAGUGAUGCUUUUUACGAACAUAUUACAAAAUAUAAUAGUCCAUAUUUAUCAUAUAUUACAUUUGAUUUUCAUGAAUUUUGCAAAGGUCUUCAAUUUGGAAAUGUCUUAACACUUUUACAAUUGCUUGAUGAAAAGAAUCUUUUACGAGAAAUGCGUUUUUGUUGGAUAAAUACAGAGACAAAUACGAUUCUUAGUGAACAAAUAAGUUUAUUUCGUAUUAAUUGUGUUGAUUGUCUUGAUCGAACUAAUGUUGUUCAAGCAGCUAUUGCAAAGACUAUUUUAGAAAUAAUGUUAAAAAAACUUGGUUUAUUAGAUUUUGAUGAAGGUGGUCUUAGUGGUCAUACAAAAAAAAUUUUUCAAACAAUGUGGGCAGAUAAUGGUGAUGCUAUUAGUAGACAAUAUGCUGGAACUGAUGCUAUGAAGGUAAGACAAUAG